AUGAUCUUUGGCGGCCUCGAGAUUGUCGCAGGCGGCUACCUGCUCCACCGCCACUAUCGAAAGAAGAACCAGAAGGAAACAGGCCAGGAAGACGCCCAGCCUAAACGACAGCACUCGUUUCCCGGAGCAAAUUGUGCCCACCACGCCGCCGCCAGGCCGCAGCAAAAAUACGCAUACAUGUCAAUGGCACCGCAGCCCUGCCCCCAGACGUAUCCGCCUCAGACGCCCAUGCCCGAGGCCCUGGUCGCGCCGCAGCAACCACCGCGACCGCAAGCCCCUCCACACACGCAGAGCUUCAACAUCCCUCGGCGACCCGUCCCCCAGCGGAAGCCCCACAUCAUCAUCCAGCCCUCGCUGCAUCGCACCGACUCCUUCGCAACGCUGUCGCGCAUGCCCGUCGCCAACGGCUACCGCCCACACGACGUAUCCGAACAACCCGCCCUUGGCCUGGAGCCUACACAGCACCACCACGGCCUCUACGCCAACGCGGGGUACUCGGUCUCGACGCCCGCCUUCGGCGCUACACCUACGUCGCCGGGGCUGACGUAUGAAAUGGCGACCGGAGACCACGACGUGUUUGGCCAUGCCGCCCAUGAUGACAACUGGGACUCCUACCCGCAUGCCUAUGGCGCCGGCGCCAGGCCGUACUACGCGCCAACUGUGUCGACCGAGUUGGGGGAGCGCGAACCCCCGCCGCCCUAUGUCCCUUGA